UCUGUGAUUUCGAUCCUCCUUUCCAUGGAUUCUUCUUUUUCCCUCCUUGGCAUCUGUGCGUUGGGUACACUAUUGUUCAUGAUGGUGCUUUAUAAAAAAUUCAGAUCCAAUCCGCAAAACAUAACAAUGGCUUCACCUCCUCCUCCAUCAUCUCGCAAUUGGGGACACCAUGUCUUCUCGAGCUUCAGCUCCGUAGAUGUCCCCAUAUCGUUUCUCAAUCGGAUCUGGAAGGAGCUAAGAAGAAAGGGAUUCGAUCCACUCACUGAUAAUGAAAUCGAGAGGUGCGUAUCUAUCGGCCCUGAGCUCCUGAAAGUGAUUAGUGUGUCGAGAAUCGUCAUUGUCAUCCUCUCAAGGAACUACGCUUCCUCGUCGUGGUGUCUCGACGAGCUUGUGGAGAUAAUGAAGUGCAGGGAGGUGUCGGGUCAAAGAGUCGUGACCGUCUUCUAUGAAUUGGAUCCAGUUGAUGUAGAAAAACAGACCGGGGAUUUUGGGAGAAUCUUCAGAAAAACAUCUAGGCCUAAAACAAAGGAAGACACUGAAAGAUGGAGUCAAGCUUUGGCAGAAGUAGCCACAAUCGUUGGGUACCACUCUAGCCAGUGGCAUGGUGAUACUGCGGCUAUGAUCGAACACAUUGCCACUGAUAUUUCAAAAGUUUUGAAUAAUUCCACUCACUCUAGUGAUUUCCAAGGCUUAGUUGGGAUGGAAGCUCAUAUGGAAAAGAUGGAACAAAUGUUAUGUUUGGUUUCAAAUGAGAAGAAGAUAGUAGGAAUUUACGGCCCUUGUGGGAUUGGUAAGAGCACCAUAGCCAGAUUUCUAAUUAGCAAACACUCUCAUCUAUUCGAAUUGAGCACAAUGACAAAUGUCAAAGCAUGGGCAAAACCAAGCCACAAUGAGUACGAUGCGGAACUGCAGUUACAGAACCAAAUUUUGUCUAGACUAUUGAACACAGAUGAGAUUCUUCAUUUGGAAGUUGCACAAAGAAGUUUGAAAGACAAGAAAGUGUUAUUUGUUUUCGAUGGCCUGGAUAGCUCAGCACAGUUAGAUGCCUUGACGAAAGAAACUCUGUCAUUUGGUCCUGGAAGUCGAAUUAUCAUCACAACACAAGAUCCAAGACUUUUAAACUCACUUUGGAUCCAAGAUAUCUACAAGGUGGAAUCUCCACCGCCUGAUGAAGCUCUCCAAAUCUUCUGCUGGUAUGUUUUUGGUCAAAAGUCCCCAUAUGAUGAUUUUGUGAAGCUUGCUCAGGAAACUACAACACUUUCUGGUAAAUAUCCGUUGGGGCUACGAUUUAUGGGCUCCUAUCUUCGGGGAGUGUCCUUGGAAUAUUGGAAAAAUGAAAUGCCAAGGUUAAGGACUUGCCUUGACGGAGAAAUAGGGAGCAUUAUAAAACUCACUUAUGAUUCCUUAUGUGGUGAAGAUAAAGAAUUAUCUCAUCAUCAUAUAUCAUGUUUACACGACAUGGAAUUGAAUGAGAGAAUGGAACAGUAUCUUGCAAUGGGUGUGAGGAAAAAAUGUAUCAUCACAAAUCAAGAUCUAAAGGAAGAUAUAUAUACAAGUGAAACAGCUUUCAAAGGAAUGUCUAAUCGAUUACUACACACUGUCUAUAUCUACUGCGCAGAUACAUUACAAUACUCCUUCGCCAGCCACCUCUCAAUGGAAUUCCGCCGAAAAGGAAUUUAUGCAUUUGUAAAUUGCAAUGAGACUCUGGAUGUGAUAGAGAGGGUUAGUGCUUCUGUGGUAGUUUUCUCCAAGAGCUGCUUCUCCUCCACCUCAGACCUGGACAUUGUGAGGAUUUUUCAUUGUCGGAGGAAAACCAAUCAGCUAGUGGUUCCAGUAUUCUAUGGCAUUAGUCUAUCAGAUAUGGUGGUGCAGGAGCACGAGUCGGCGGAUCAGAUAAGAGAAUGGAGUAGCACGCUCCACGAACUGAGAGAAUUACUAGGCCACCAGUCUAGAAACAGGAAGGAAUGCAGUGAGCGUGAACUAGUGGAAGAGAUUGUCAAAGAUGUGUAUGAAAAACUCUUUCCCACAGAACAAAUUGGAAUCAACUCAAGGCUACUGGAAAUAGAACAGUUGCUCCGCAAACAGACAUGGGGUAUCCGUCGCAUAGGAAUCUGGGGUAUGCCUGGCAUAGGCAAGACGACACUUGCUAAAGCAUUUUUUGACCAAAUAUCUGGAGGCUAUGAAGCUUCUGGUUUCAUCAAACACUUUGACAAAGCUUUCCAUGAGAAGGGACUUCAAUGCUUGUUGGAGGAACAUUUUGGGAAAGUUUUGAGGCAAUUGCCUCGUGCAUGUAGUAGCAUUACAAGACCCAGCCUCCCCCGGGACAAGUUAAACAAGAAGAGAACUCUUGUUGUUCUUGAUGAUGUGCACAAUCCUUUAGUUGUGGAGUCUUUUCUCGGAGGGUUUCACUGGUUUGGCCCGGGAAGCUUAAUCAUUAUAGCCUCUAGAGAUAAACAGGUGUUCCGCCUUUGUCAGAUCAAUCACGUGUAUGAAGUUCAGAGUUUAAAUAAGAACGAGGCUCUGCAGCUUUUCUCUCACUCUGCUUUUUUAGCAGAUAUGCGAGAACAAAAUCUCUUGAAGCUAUCAAUGGAAGUGAUUGACUAUGCUAAUGGAAAUCCAUUAGCUCUCAGCUUUUACGGAAGAGAGCUUAAAGGAAAGAAACACUCAGAACUGGAGACUGCAUUCCUAAAACUCAAGCUACGUAUGCCAUAUAAAAUUUAUGAUUUAUUCAAGAGCAGUUAUGACACACUUGAUGACAACGAGAAGAACAUUUUUCUGGACAUUGCUUGUUUCUUCAAUGGAGAAAAUGUUGACUAUGUGAUGCGACUUCUUGAGGCUUGUGGUUUUUUUCCGCAUGUUGGAAUUGAUGUUCUUGUGGAGAAGUGUCUAGUGACUAUUUCAGAAAACAGAGUGAAAAUGCAUAGAAUAGUCCAAGAUUUUGGCCGAGAAAUAAUCAAUGGAGAAACAGUACAGAUUGAGAGACGUCGCAGACUGUGGGAACCUUGGGCCAUCAAGUUCCUACUUGAAGUUGGCGAAUUCAAAGCAAAUGGAGAUCCCAAAGCAGCCUAUACACAUGCUCUGGCUACUGAAGACAUCGAAGGCAUAGCUCUGGACACAUCGGAUAUACUCUUUGAUUUGAACCCCACUGCUUUUGAAAAUAUGCUUAACCUUAGGUUUUUGAAGAUUUACUGUGCCAAUGAUAACCUUUCUGGACUUCGCCUUCCAAAAGGACUUGAGUCUCUGCCUUAUGAGCUAAGACUCCUCCACUGGGAGAACUAUCCUCUGCAAUCCUUGCCGCAAGACUUUGACUCCUGCCACCUUGUUGAACUCAAUAUGUCUUACAGUCAGCUUCAGAAACUUUGGGAAGGAACCAAGAAUAUCGAUAUGCUGAGGAUGGUCAGUCUUUGUCAUUCUCAGCAGCUGACUCAAAUUGACGAUAUUUGUAAAGCUCAAAAUAUCGAGCUAAUAGAUCUACAAGGUUGUACAAAAUUGCAGAGUUUUCCAGCCACAGGUCAAUUACAGCAUCUCCGAGUUGUAAACCUUUCAGGUUGCAGAGAGAUCAAAAGUUUCCCAGAGGUUUCACCAAAUAUUGAGGAACUACAUCUCCAGGGAACUGGCAUAAGAGAAUUACCAAUAUCCAUUGUGACCCUCUCCGGACAAGAUAAGUUGCACCGAGAGCUUUCCAAUAUUCUAGCUGAGUUCUCAGGUGUUUCAAGUGCUUUGAACCUUAAGAAAUUAACAAGCCAGGUCCAAAUUGUCUCAUCAAAUCAACAUCUUGGCAAACUUGUUUCCCUGAAUAUGAAAGAUUGUGUUCUUUUGCGAAGUCUGCCUCACUUGGUUGAUUUAGAAUCUCUUAAAGUUCUUAAUAUGUCUGGAUGCUCAAAGCUCGACGAUAUUCAGGGUUUCCCACGGAACCUGAAAGAGUUAUAUCUUGCUGGCACAGCCAUAAAAAAACUUCCACAGCUCCCUUUGAGUAUAGAAAUCUUGAAUGCACAUGGUUGUGUGUCUCUUAUGUCCAUUCCUUUUGGUUUCGAGCAGUUUCCUAGGUAUUACACAUUCAGUAAUUGCUUUUCUCUUUCGGCACAAGUGGUCAAGAAAUUUGUAGAGAACGCUUUGACUAAUGUGGAACGUAUCACAAGAGAAUAUCAGCAGGAACGAAAUCUCAACAAAACUCUGGCUUUCAGCUUAAUUCUGCCUUCACCUGCAAGUAAAGAAAUCACAUUUGAUAUACAGUCAGGAGCUUCUGUAAUGAUACAACUGGGUUCUUCUUGGAGAAGCACGCUCGGCUUUGUUAUAUUCGUAGAAGUUGCAUUUUCACAGGAUUACAACGAGGCUAGUGAUUUUGGCAUUAGUUGUGUUUGCAGAUGGAAAGACAGGGAAUGUGUCUCUCAUAGGCUAGAAAAAAACUUUAAUUGUUGGAUUCCAGGAGAAGGUUUUUCAAAAGAUCAUAUGUUUGUCUUCUGUGAUCUCAAUAUGCAUCCGAGUUCCUGUGAAGGAAAUGACCACAGUAUAUUGGCUGAUCUUGUCGUAUUUGAAUUCUAUACCGUAAAUAAUCAGAAGAAAUUUCUCAAUGAGAGUUGUACAGUGACAAAAUGUGGAGUGUAUGUGCUUACUGCGGAAAAGAAAGAUACAAGCCGUAACGCUAGUCAAUCGCUGUCAUCAUUGGAUUACAUGCGACAAGUUUCUGAUAAUGAAGUUCGAGACGUAGUGAAGGUCAUCCAUGAUAGCUUAGACGAGAAUGAAAGAAAUUUAUUUUUCUACAUCGCAUGUCUGUUCAACGAUGAGGGAGCUAAUUUGUUGGCACCACUUAUUGCUAGCAAUGGCUUGGGGAUUAGUUUGGGGCUUGAGGUCUUAGCCCAGAAGUCUCUCAUACAUUUAUCUCCUUACGGUGUUAUAGUGCGGCAAGUUUUACUUCAGAAGAUAGGUAGAGAGAUAUUCCAUCAACAAUCCACGCUGCCUGAAAGAUCAACAAUGUCCAACGGAGGUUCUGAGAACGUUGACAAUGAUUCUACUUCUUCUUUGUCACACAACUGGAAAUACGACGUCUUUACAAGUUUCAGCGAGGAAGAUGACUGUAAUAAUAAAAUUAGCAACCUUCUUGCAGAAUUCGAAGGCAAACAGAUAAGUCAAUUGAAAGACAAAAUGAAGAGAAGCAAGUCGGUCAUCCCAGAGCUCGUACAAGCAGUAAGAGAAUCGAAAGGUUCGAUUGUCGUGCUCUCAAAAAACUACGCCUCAUCGAGUAGGUGCUUGGAUGAGUUGGUAGAGAUUAUGAACUGCAAGAAAGAGUUGGCUCAAAGAGUUGUGGCGAUUUUCUACAAUGUGGAUCCUUCUGAUGUCAGGCUUCAGAUUGGAGACUUUGGAAGGGCCUUUAAAACCACAUGCAUAGGCAAAUCAAAGGAUGAGAAACAAAAAUGGGUGCGAGCUUUGGCCGACUUAUCAAAUAUAACUGGAAUAAAUUCUCGCAAGGGGGAUAAUGAAGCAAACAUGAUCGAAAAAAGUGAUUGUCAUGUUUCAAGGAAGAUAAAUCAUGCAACAUCAAAAGAUUCUUCCGAGUUGAUUAGAGUAGAAGAAGUUCAUGUGACAGAUAUCAGUUCUUUGUCGAGUUCGGAAUCUGAAGAAGUGAAAGAAACAUUUGGGAUUUCGGUUUCCUUGGAAAAAGCAGGGGAAGAGGCAACUUCAGGUAUGGUUGCUAUGCCUGUGGAGCCUCCAUAUUGGUUUAGAGAAGAAGGCAAACUGAUAAGGUCGGAAACAUGGAGUCCUAGUUUUAUUGAUCGACUCCCCUAUGCCGAGCUUUACUCUGGAGAAAUCCCAGCUGCCUUUUUACAAGGGCUUGGUAAUAUCCGCUCAAUGCUCCAAUCUGAAAAAUCUAAAUAACCGUAAAUUUUAACUUUAACUUACUAAAAGCAUGUAUUUACAGUUUACUCUAUCUACAUAUACUGUCAAUACAAUUUUAUAUAUAUAACUAAUCAA